GCACGGAGCCUCUCACCUCCGGCUGCCCCCGCCGCGUGCGCCCCAUCAGCGCCAGGGGACCCCGCUGAGCAUGGCAGCGGCGGCGCUGCAGGGGAGCCGCGCAGCUCCCUCACCGCUGGCGCCGGGCGCCGGGCUCUUCCUCGUGGUGUUAUCCCCCUUCCUCACCCUGCGCCCCGGGGCCGCCCGGGUUGGGCCGCCCGACUCCGGGGCGCUCGGGCUCAGCCUCCAUCCGCCCUAUUUCAACCUGGCCGAGACAGCCAGCAUCCGGGCGACGGCCACCUGCGGGGAGGAGAGCGGCGGCGGGAGGCCCCGGCUGGAGUUGUACUGCAAGCUGGUGGGAGGACCGGCCGCCUCCCCCGUGGGGCACACCAUCCAGGGACAGUUUUGUGACUAUUGCAAUGCAGCUGAUCCCAAUAAAGCUCACCCAAUAACCAAUGCUAUUGAUGGAACUGAACGCUGGUGGCAAAGUCCUCCUCUCUCUUUAGGCUUACAGUAUAAUGAAGUGAAUGUCACUUUAGAUCUUGGACAGCUCUUCCAUGUUGCUUACAUCCUUAUCAAGUUUGCAAAUUCUCCUCGCCCAGAUCUCUGGGUGUUAGAAAGAUCAGUGGACUUUGGAAGAACCUAUGCACCUUGGCAAUAUUUUGCUCAUUCUAAAGCAGACUGUUUGGAACAUUUUGGAAAAAAAGUUAGUGCUCAUAUUAGGAGGGAUGAUGAUGUUAUUUGCACUACAGAGUAUUCUCGGAUUGUGCCUCUUGAAAAUGGUGAGAUUGUGGUAUCCUUGGUAAAUGGUCGUCCAGGAGCAAAAAACUUCACUCACUCUCCCAUACUGAGGGAAUUUACCAAGGCAACAAACAUCCGCUUGCAUUUUCUCAGAACCAAUACCCUUCUUGGACACUUGAUAGCCAAAGCUCAACGGGACCCCACUGUAACCCGCAGAUAUUACUACAGCAUAAAGGACAUCAGUAUAGGUGGACGAUGUGUUUGCAAUGGUCAUGCAGAAGUCUGUAAUGCAAAAAGUGCUGAAAACCUGUACCAGUUUCAGUGUGAAUGUCAGCAUAACACUUGUGGGGAAACCUGUGAUCACUGCUGCCCUGGAUAUAAUCAGAAACAAUGGCAAACUGCAACUGCCAACAACGCAAAUGAGUGUGAAUCCUGCAACUGUCAUGGACAUGCUACUGACUGCUACUAUGAUCCUGAUGUUGAUCGACGCAAAGGAAGCUUAAACGUCCAUGGGUGGUAUGAAGGUGGAGGGGUUUGCAUUAAUUGCCAGCAUAACACAGCUGGAAUUAACUGUGAACAAUGUGCAAAGGGGUACUAUCGUCCUUAUGGCAUUCCAGUGGGAGCUGCUGAUGGCUGUAUAUCUUGCAGUUGUAAUCCAGAGCAUUCAGAUGGUUGUGAGGAAGGAUCUGGUCGCUGUCAUUGUAAGGUGAAUUUCCACGGCAAAAACUGUGAACAAUGUGCUGAAGGAUACUAUAAUUUCCCAUUCUGUGUCCGAAUUCCUAUUUAUCCUUUUACUACUCCAAAUCCAGAAAAUCCUGUGGCUGGUGGUAUUAAAGUGUGUGCAUGUAAUUCAGCUGGUGCCCUCCCUGAAAUCUGUGAUUUCCUUGGAAAAUGUCUCUGCCGCUUUGAGGUAGAUGGACCUCAGUGUGACAGCUGUCGUCCUGGCUACCAUUCUUUCCCUAUCUGUCAAGAAUGCAACUGUGAUUCGCUUGGCUCAUUGGACAAUACAUGUGGGCCUACCAGUCAGUGUCGGUGCCAUAAAAACUAUGCUGGACUUAGAUGCAACCAAUGUGCUCCAGGUUAUUUCAGCUAUCCGAACUGCUUGCCUUGUCAGUGUUCUCCCCAUGGUUCCUAUCAGAACACAUGUGAGUCAAUAACAGGGCAGUGUGAGUGUCGAACAGGCAUUACGGGGCAGCAGUGUGACAGAUGCCUUUCAGAAGCCUACAGUUUUCCCUAUUGCCAAGGAGCAAACAAUGACUGUGACCCUGCAGGUACUCUUGAUUCCCAUUCUGGCUAUUGUCAGUGUCUGCAGCAUGUUGAAGGUCCUAUAUGUAGCAGAUGCAAACCACUUUACUGGAAUCUGGCCAGAGAAAACCCUGAUGGAUGUACAGAGUGCCAAUGUGAUGUGACUGGAACACUAAGUGGAGUCGGAGAGUGUCAGCAGAAGAAUGGUGACUGUCAUUGCAAGCCUGAUGUUUGUGGAGGUUCCUGUGACACUUGUGAAGCUGGCUAUUAUGCUCUGGAAAACAGGAAUUACUUUGGGUGUCAAGGCUGCCAAUGUGAUGUCGGAGGAUCUGUCAAUCUUGUGUGCAGCGAGCCAUCAGGUGCCUGCCAGUGCAGAAACCACAUAGUGGGAACGACCUGUCAGAAGCCUGAAAAGAACCACUUUUUCCCUGAUUUACACCACAUGAAGUUUGAGAUCGAAGAUGGUACCACUGCCAGUGGAAGAGGCAUUCGGUUUGGUUAUGACCCCCAGGAAUUUCCUGGCUUUAGUUGGAGAGGAUAUGCACAGAUGUCUUCCAUACAAAAUGAAGUGAGGAUAACUCUGAAUGUGGAGAAAUCAAACCUCUACUUAUUUCAUGUUAUCUUGAGAUUUAUUAACCCUGGAAUUGAAAUGGUAUCUGGCCGCAUAACUGCUUACCAAUCUCGGUCUGAAACAGGGGCUACUCAGAGCAAAGACAUUGUCUUCCCACCCAGUAAGAAGCCGGCUUUUGCCACUGUCCCAGGAAACAGCUUUGCAGAUCCAUUCUCACUUAUUCCAGGAACAUGGAUUGUCAAUAUUAUGGCAGAGGGAGUCCUCCUGGAUUACAUGGUGCUGUUACCUAGUGAUUACUAUGAAGCACCCAUCUUGCAAUUACAAGUUACAGAACCUUGCACCUAUUCAGGACGUGCUACAACAGAUAACUGCUUGCUUUAUCAGCAUUUACCACUAGCCAGAUUUUCCUGUGUCCUCGGUUCAGAGGCGACACAUUUCUUGCUUGGUGGAGAGUACAGAAAAAUAGCUGUCCGACAGCCAACCCCAGAGCAUCCAGUGAUGUCACACAUCAGUGGAAUAGAGGUUGAUUUACACCUGAGACUGAACAUUCCCCAAGUCGGUCGCUAUGUGGUAGUUCUUGAAUAUGCUAAUGAAGAUGAUCAGUUAUACACUGCUGACGUGAUAGUGAACAGUCCUGGGCCUGUCCUGAAGGCCAGAGUGAAUAUAUACAGCUGUAAAUACAGCUUCCUUUGUCGCAGUGUUGUGGUUGAUAAUAUGAAUCGCAUUGCAGUCUAUGAUCUUUUAGCUGAUGCAAAGUUACAUCUUAAGGCAUCACUGAUAAAUUUUCUUCUGCACAAAAUUUGCAUUGUAUCAGCUGAAGAAUUUUCUCUAGAAUAUGUGGAUCCUAAAGUACACUGCAUAGCCACUUAUGGGAGCUUUCUUAAUCAAAGUGCAUCAUGCAUUCCCUCAGUGUAUGAAACUCCACCGGUGGCCUUGCUUUUGGAUGCGCUAAGGGAUGGGAAAAUUUCAGAAGUGCAGAGAAAUGUACCAUACAAUCCACUGAGUGUCCCUUUACCUUCUGCUAACCGGGUUAAUGGAGUAACCUUGACCUCAUUACAGAACCAGCUUUCUUUGAGUGGGAAAGUGCCAAGUUUGGGCAGAUAUGUAGUUGUUGUACAUUUCCGUCAGCCAGAGCACCCAACAUUUCCUGUGCAGGUGCUUGUGGAUGGGGGACGCCUAUGGUCAGGUUCCUUCAGUGCUUCUUUCUGCCCUCACGCUUUUGGCUGUCGAGACCAGGUGAUUGCAGAAAACCAAAUUGAACUGGAUAUCCCUGGCCCUGAGGUUUCUGUUACUGUGAAGAUUCCUAAUGAAAAAACACUGGUUGUGGAACACGUUUUAGUUGUUCCAGCAGACAGCUACAGUCAUAGCCUACUUCAGAAAAGGACUGUGGACAAGUCGUUUGACUUUAUCAACCAGUGUGGAGGAAACAGCUUUUAUAUUGACCCAGUAACAUCUUCAGCAUUCUGUAAGGAUUCUGUAAGGUCACUAGUGGCUUUUUACAACGAUGGAGCAUUGCCCUGUAAUUGCCAUAAAGCAGGUGCCACUAGCUCAGCUUGCAACCCUCUGGGAGGACAAUGUAGCUGCAAACCUAACGUCAUUGGACGUCGGUGUAGCCGAUGCCAAACUGGGUACUACGGAUUUCCAUUCUGCAAGUUAUGCAACUGCGGCCGACGUCUUUGUGAUGACAUAACUGGUCAAUGUAUUUGCCCCCCUCAAACGGUGAAGCCCAAGUGUGAAGCAUGUGAAAGACAGUUUUUCAACUACCACCCCCUUGUUGGCUGUGAAACCUGCAACUGCUCAAGCAGAGGAAUAGUUAAUGUGGCAAACCCAGAAUGUGAUAAAAACAAUGGGCAGUGCAAGUGCAGGCCAGGAAUAACAGGGCGACGAUGUGAUCGCUGCAGUCCUGGUUCUUACAGUUUCCCGGAUUGUAUUCCCUGUAAUUGUAACAGAGAUGGAACAGAGCCAGAUGUUUGUGAUCCACAGACAGGAGUUUGUCUCUGCAAGGAGAAUGUUGAAGGUAGACAAUGUGACAUUUGCCAUCAAGGAUCAUUUUAUUUGGAUCCUUCUAAUCCCAAAGGCUGCACUUCUUGCUUUUGUUUUGGAGCUACUAGCAACUGUCACAGUACAAGUAAUCGUAGAACUAAGUUUGUUGAUAUGAGGAACUGGCGCGUGGAGACAGCUGACAAUAGCAUUGAUGUCCCCGUAACCUUCAAUCCAGGCAGCAAUAGUGUAGUUGCUGAUGUUCAAGAGUUGCCUACCUCUGUGCACAGUUUAUACUGGGUGGCACCACAAUCCUACUUGGGAGAGAAGCUUUCUUCGUACGGUGGCUACCUAAGUUACCUAGUGAAAUCUUUUGGCUUACCUAGUGAAGGCAUGAUUCUUCUAGAUAAAAGACCUGAUGUACAGCUAACAGGUCAGCAAAUGAAAAUAGUUUACGUGGAUCCUAACAACCCAUUGCCUGACCGACAGUAUUACGGCCGUUUGCAGCUAAUUGAGGGAAACUUCAGACAUGCGAGCAACAAUAACCUGGUAUCUAGAGAAGAACUGAUGAUGGUCCUGUCUAGACUAGAUGGCUUACACAUCAGAGGUCUUUACUACACAGAGAGUCAGAGGUUAACCCUGGGUGAGGUUGGGCUGGAAGAAGCCACAAGUACAGGAAGUGGAAGCAUUGCAUAUAAUGUAGAGACAUGCUCCUGCCCCCCUGACUACGUGGGUGACUCAUGUCAGGAAUGUAGCCCUGGAUUUUAUCGUGAGAAUAAAGGAUUAUUUACAGGACGCUGUGUACCCUGCAAUUGCAAUGGAAAUUCAAAUAGAUGCCAGGAUGGUUCUGGAAUAUGUAUUGGCUGUCAACAUAAUACUGCUGGGGAAAAAUGUGACCGCUGUAAAGAAGGUUAUUUUGGUGAUGCCAGUCAAGGUUCCUGUAGGGUGUGCCCUUGUCCUUACACAAACAGUUUUGCAACUGGCUGUGUGGCAAAUGGUGAAGAAGUUCAGUGUUUCUGCAAAGAAGGCUAUACUGGAGUACAUUGUGAAAGCUGCGCUCCGGGAUAUUUUGGGAAUCCGCUAAAAUAUGGAGGUUACUGUCAGAAGUGUAAUUGUAAUAAUAAUGGUCAGCUGGUUAGCUGUGAUCGUCUUACUGGAGAAUGCUUAAACCAAGAUCCAAAAGAUGUGGAUCCCGAUGAAGAUUGUGAUGCUUGUGAUAGUUGUGUAAUUACUUUGCUGAAAGAUUUGAGCACAAUGGGUGAUGAGCUUCAGUUGAUUAAGUCGCAGCUGCAAAACGUCAAUGCAAGCACCCACACACUGGGACAGAUGAGGCAUUUGGAAACACGCACCAAGGAGUUAAAAAUCUUGUUGAACAGUUACCGUUCAACUGUUCUGAAUCAGGGCUCAAAGGUAGAUGAGCUGGAGACAGAUUUGAUCAAUCUUAAUCAGGAUGUAAAUGCGCUACAAGAAAAGGUUGAAAUGAAUUACAGGAAAGCUGAGACAUUAUUUAAUAAUUUUGGUCAGACUAAUCAAAAAGGAAAAGAUUUGGUUUCAAAAAUACAAAUUGUCAUCAUCAAUAUUCAGGUGCUCGUGGAACAGAUAGCUGGCACCAAUGGAGAAGGCAACAGAUUGCCCGUGGGGGAUGCUGCCAAGGAACUGGCUGAAGCAGAACAGAUGAUGAGAGAGAUGCGAAAACGCAACUUUGUACAACUGCAAAUAGAUGCAGAGAGGGAGAGAAGAGAAGCUCAACUCUUGCUGGAGCGUGUUAGGAAUGAGCUACAAAAGCACCAGCAAGAAAACCAUGGAGUUGUUAAAACUAUAAGAGAUUCAUUAAACGAAUAUGAAUCCAAACUCAAUGACCUUCGUGAAGCUCUGAAUGACGCAACGGGCCAAACGAAGCAGGCUGAAAACUUAAACAAAGAUAAUGGAGUGCUCUUGGAAAACAUUAAGAAACAAAUUGAAGUGAUGAAUAAACAACAGAACGAUGUCUUGGUUCAUCUCAACUCUGCCCAAUCUUCCUUGUCCCAGACUAACAGCAUACUUGGAUUACUGCAGAAGAGCAAAGAGGAAUAUGAAAAUCUAGCUGCCAAACUAGAUGGCGCAAGGAAGGACUUGAAUGAAAAACUGAAGGACCUUUCCUUAUCAGCCAGCAAAGAGCCACUGGUGGUGAGGGCAGAGGAGCAUGCCAAGAUUUUGCAAGACCUGGCAAGACAACUGGCUGAAAUUAAGAGAAACGCCAGCAGUGAUGAGUUGGUGAACUGUGCCAUGGAAGCUGCUACUGCUUAUGAAAAUAUUAUUAAUGCCGUCAAUGCAGCUGAGGAAGCAGCCAACAAAGCUGUAAAUGCAGCUGAUUCAGCUUUACUGACUGUGGAGAGGGAAGACCUAUCAGGAAAAGCUAGGAGACUGAACACUGAAAGCAGCAAUCUAUUAAAUCAAGCACAAAUGAGACAAAAGACAUUACAAGAUAUUAAUCCAACUCUUGAAGAUAUAAAGCAGAGACUGGGUAUUGUGGAAGGGAAGAAGAACAGACUGCUGAUGAACCUUGAUUCUUUUCAAAAUGAUCUCAAUGGGAUAAACAGAGAUGACAUAGACAGCGUCAUUACCAGUGCAAAGAACAUGGUCAAAAAUGCCAAUGAUAUCACUGCUAAUGUACUGGGUGAACUGAACCCAAUUAAAGCAGACGUGGAAAAAAUAAAGGGCACCUACGGAAGCAAUCAGAGUGCUGACUUCAAUAAGGCUUUGACGGAAGCAAACAAUUCAGUAAAGAAAUUAACAAGCAAGCUCCCGGAUCUGUUUAACAAGAUUGAGAGCAUCAACCAACAGCUGAUGCCAAUAGGCAACAUAUCUGAGAAUGUAAACCGCAUAAGAGAGCUCAUUCAGCAGGCCAGAGAUGCUGCAAACAAGGUUGCUCUUCCCAUGAGGUUCAAUGGUCGUUCUGGGGUAGAGGUUCGACCUCCAAGUGAUCUGGAUGAUUUGAGAGGCUAUACUUCCCUUUCUUUUUUUCUCCAAAGACCUCUGCCAAGACAAGAGAGCUUGGAACAGACUUCAAAUAUGUUUGUAAUGUACCUGGGCAAUAAGGAUGCCUCCCAGGACUACAUUGGUAUGGCUGUGAGAAAUGGUCGUCUCAUUUGUGUUUAUAACCUGGGAGGCAAUGAAGCCGAAAUAGAAGUGGACCCAUCAGUGACUGAGAGUAACACUGAGGAAGCUACUUUGGAUCGGGUGAAGUUUGAAAGGAUUUACCAGUAUGCAAAGUUGAGUUACGUUAAAGCAGCCACCUCAGACAAAAAUACUUUUGACAGUAGCAGUGGGAGCAGUCACACACUCCUAAAUCUGGAUCCUAACAGUGUUGUCUUUUAUGUGGGAGGAUACCCACUAGAUUUUCAGCCUCCCAGUGCACUAGACUACCGUCAUUACCAAGGCUGCAUUGAAUUAGACAACCUAAAUGAGAAUGUUAUUAGCCUGUACAACUUCAAGAGGACAUUUAAUCUCAAUACCACUGAAGUGGAGCCAUGCAGUAGAUUUAAAGCAGAGUCUGACCAAUACUAUUUUGAAGGCACAGGCUAUGCACUUGUCACAGCUAGAGAAGCAAAUAUUUUUCAUUUGUACUACGAGCAGGAAAUUCAAACUACUGCAGAUGAAGGCAUGGUGUUUUUUGCAGAAAACGAGGAUCAUUUCAUUAGUUUGAAUAUUGAAAAUGGCCAUCUGGUGUUCAGAUACAAACUUGACUCAGAACCUCCAAAGGAAAUAGCAAGCAAUAAAGAAGCUGUAAACGAUGGAACAUAUAAGCAAAUUAAAUUAUACAUUUCUAGUAAACAAAACUCAGUUUUGAUUAAUCCUUGGAUUAAAGCCAGCAUCAGUGUCUUUAAGUUCACCACAUACUACCUGGGUGGAAUUCCAUCUUCUCUGCGGGAACGCUUUAAUAUCUCCACAUCUCCAUUCCGUGGCUGCAUUAAGAAUGUGAAAAACCCCAUCACUGCGUCUGUUACUUUUACUGAGACCAUUGGUGUCAGUAGGAAGUGUUCCGAUGACUGGAAGCUUGUGAGAUCUGCAACUUUCUCCAGGAAUGGAAUACUGGAUUUGAAUGAUGAAGGUUUCCCAUUUCCCAGCAAUUUUCAAGUCGGAUUUGGCUUUCGUGCGUUGGCACCCAGUGGAACGUUAUUAAAUUACAAUAUAAGGCCUUAUGUGCUUACCAUCUUUCUGAGAGACGGCUUUGUAAUCGUAAAGAUGACAGAUGAGGAAAAACAAUCCAGCAAGAAAUAUGAAGAUGGUUCAAUGCAUUAUGUGUCAGUAAUCAAAGAUGGCGACAUGGUCAGGCUGCUGGUUGAUGACCUGCCUGUGUCAAUGGCUGUUGAACUUCAAGGAAUGUCUAAAAAAUUAAGUUCUAUAAGAUUGGGUGGGGAUAAUUUUGAAGGCUGCAUCUCCAAUGUCUUUAUUCAAAGGACAGGUCAGCUCCCUCAAGUUCAAAAUCUAGUCAGUUAUACUGAGAAGUCUGGUGUAUCCGUGGGAGCCUGUAGGAUAUACAAGUCACCCCAGCCAAUGCUGCUGAAAGAAUUAGCAGAUCCUAACAGCUCUAAGAUUUUCAAGUUACAGAAGGAAAAGCACCUUGCUUACCUGACAGGUGCCAAAGUGCAGCUAGACCAGAAAAGCUGUGCUUUAUCUACUCAGCUAAAUUUCAUCAAUGGAGCUUAUCAGUUUGGCAAUGCUCCCAACAGUCAUUUGCUGUAUAGACUUUCUCAGGCAUCACUGACAGACAGGUCACAUUUUUCAAUAGACGUACGGACUGCAUCAUCGGGAGGACUGAUAUUUUUUGUGGGAAAUAAGCCUGAGAGCUCUUAUAUGGCUCUUUACAUUUCCAAGGGACGUUUUGUCUUUUCAUUUGGUGUUGGAGGGAAGAAAAUUAAAAUCAAAAGCAAAGCAAAAUACGAUGACGGGCAGUGGCAUACUGUGGUAUUCAGUAUGCAUGGGAAGAAUGGCCAUCUUGUUAUUGAUGGCCUGAGGGCCAGGGAAGGAAAACUGGCAAGUAAUUCCACCUUCAGCACUAAGCCACCAGUCUAUCUGGGCGGGCUUCCAUCCCUGAAAGUACAGAAUAUACCAAGAAAGAGUUUUGUAGGUUGCCUGAGAAAUUUUAAAAUGAAUGGAAAGCUCAUGAAUACUCCUCAUCGGAACACUGAUGUCCCUCCAUGUUUGGAUGGCUCUUUGGAGACUGGGAUAUAUUUCUUUAAUGAAGGGGGAUAUAUCAUCAUUGAUAACUCUUUUGUGAUGGGUUUGGAAUUUAAGAUCAUAUUUAACAUUCGUGUGAGAAGUCUAACAGGUGUCCUACUCCAUACUGGAAACAAACAAGGCAACUAUUUAACUGUUUACAUGGAGGCAGGAAAGGUCACUGCCUCUGGAAAUAAUGGUGCUGCAGAUUUCCAGACAUCUGUCACUCCUCAGCGGUCUCUAUGUGAUGGACAGUGGCACUCCAUAGCAGUAACUCAGAAACAGAACAUUGUGCACCUAGAUGUGGAUGCAAAGAGCAACUACACCAUUGGAUCCUCUGCCUCACUUUCUGCUAACGUGGGUCAUCCACUUUAUUUUGGAAGAGUUCCAGCAGAUUUGGAAACACCCUUGGUUCCUGUUCGGGACUCCUUCCUUGGCUGUCUGCAGAACAUUAAAAUAAAUGACAAACCUGUCUCUGUCAGCAAAAUUUCAGAGGUUCAUGGUGCAGUCAGCUUGAAUGGAUGCCCUGCCAAUUAACUUUGCCAUUACAUAAUAAGGGAAUUAUUUGUACCCUGGUUGGGUUGGGACUCCUGAUGUACUGUAUGAAUUACUGCAAUAUGGGUUCUCCUUCCCUGAUCACUGUGUUACUCUUGUCAAUUAUGAUGUUCAAAAUGGCUUACAAGUUGAUACAUCUUCUGGAAUGGUGGCCUGUGCCAAAGCUAAUUAAAAGUGUUGGCUUUGUUAGACUUCUUAUUAAAUUUGAUUGCUUUCCCGGGUAAUUCAUUGGGUGUGUGAGAUAUAUACAUAAAAUAUAAAAUAGUAUUGUUUUUACACAUAGUGGGCCAAAUGCUGCUUUCAUCCUCCCUGGUGUAGCAUUAAACUAACUCCAUUAACUUAGCUGGAGUUAUUUUGGAUUUACGCUGGUGUGAGUGACUGCAGAAUCUGGCCUAAUAUAAAGAACUUUAUAAAAAUAUAUACAUUUCUUUGGGUUGAUGAGCAGUGUUUAUACUGAAAUGUACAUUAAUGUUAAUAAUAAUAUAAAUGGAGUUUGAAGCACUUUAAAGAGUGGAACUCUGGAAGAUUGUUGCUGUGUUAAGAGUUCUGGGGCCAAAUAAAUGGAAUAUGCUCUUUUAAAGUCUUCCAUAUUCUUAUUUGGUUGUAAAAUUCUUUUAACACGGCUUUUUCCUUAAUUUGUUAUUCACCGUGGCCAAAUUCUGCUUGGUUUAUGUGAGUAAGCCCAUUGACUUCAAGGAGACAGCUUGCCCGAGUAAGUGGGACUGGGCCCAUUGUUUCUGGUCACCAGAAUUUAGAUAUUAAACACUUCUGAUUAGGAUAACUUUCCCUGUGGCUUUCAGAACCAGGAUAGAUGCUCUGUUUGUUUUCCUGAUGAAAUGAAGACAAGACCGAUUUAUUAACACCGAAGUACUGAGCGCACUGUCACUUAUACAGCACAAACUGCAACACUAAAACCAAGAGAAUGCUUAGUUUGACAUUCAAGUUUGUCUGACCAUGAUCCCUUACUCCACAGAACCCUGUUUGCAUUGUUAUUAUGAAUAUGGGGCUGGGCUGAGUAAAUGCUGUGGGGCUUCAAUCACCACAUUCAUUCAAACCCAGCAUUUUCACCCUAUUUAAGUAUUAGUCCACUCCCCAGUGCACAGCCCCUAUCCUUGUCUGAAAACUGCACUCGCUCUGCAUCUUCCGAGGCUCGGCAAGUCUCUUUGGAAGCUCUUAUGUUGUUCCUAAAGUCAGCCACUAGGUGGCAUAAGAUAGCAGUAUAAACAAACCUCAGGUCCCACAGGCUGUGUGGUUCAUCUUCAUGAUGUGUCCAAUGCCUUCCAGGACAAGAUUCAGCAGCCCUGUCUAUGAGUGUUUGGCACGGCAUGCAGUAUGGGUAGUAAAACAUGCUGCCUAGCAAGAUGGCCCUUAUGGAUUUGAGCAUUAAUUUAAUAAAAAAUCUUGUGGUUUCAAUGCGUGUGUUUGAAAAUCAAACCAAAAACCC